CAACUCAAUGUCAUGUUCUAUGUUUAGAUGAAAUUUGUUUGAUUAAUCAGCCACUGAAAUCUUCCACUCUUCCGUGACGUGCUUUAAAUCGAAACAAGUGAAAAUGGACAUCAUUCAGUCUCUGUUCGAAUUUGUGAAAUGCAUAUGGGAAUACACUAGGAGAUUCAUUUGCUAUGCCAUAAUACUGUCAAAGAGUUUCAAAGAGCGCAGUGCAGAAGUAACAGAAUCAUGUGACCGGAGGGGUGAACAUCCGGUGGAGGCCUUUGGAUGGGCAGCCAGAGACGAAUCCGGUGUCCUCUCACCAUUCAAGUUCUCCAGGAGGAAAACUGGCCGCCAAGAUGUGAAAUUCAGGGUGUUGUACUGUGGGAUCUGUCACUCCGACCUUCACAGCAUCAAGAAUGAAUGGGGCGUGACUAAGUAUCCCGUUGUCCCCGGGCACGAGAUUGUGGGGAUUGUGAUGGAGGUGGGGAGAAAGGUAAAGAAUUUCAAAGUUGGAGACAAAGUCGGUGUGGGGUGCAUGGUUGGAGCUUGUCACUCGUGCGACAACUGCAACAACAAUCUCGAGAAUUACUGUCCUAAAAUGAUACUCACCUACAAUUCCACCUACUACGAUGGAACACCCACGUAUGGAGGCUACUCGGAUGUCAUGGUCACGAAAGAGCAUUUCGUGGUUCGUAUUCCUGACAACAUGCCUCUUGAUGCUGGUGCUCCUCUCCUAUGUGCAGGGAUCACAGUUUACAGCCCCCUGAAGUACUAUGGACUUGACAAGGCUGGUAUGCAUUUGGGUGUGGUUGGUCUUGGUGGGCUGGGACAUGUAGCUGUUAAGUUUGCCAAGGCUUUUGGGGCUAAAGUGACAGUUAUCAGCACCUCCCCUGGCAAGAGGAAUGAAGCCAUUGAACGUCUCGGUGCUGAUUCAUUCCUGGUUAGCCGCGAAGAAGAUCAGAUGCAGGCUGCUAUGGGCACAAUGGAUGGUAUCAUUGAUACUGUCUCCGCUGUUCACCCUCUCCCACCGUUGCUCGGCCUGUUGAAGAGUCAUGCGAAGCUUGUCCUAGUUGGGGCACCAGACAAGCCUCUAGAGCUACCAGUCUUUCCUUUGCUUGUCGGGAGGAAGUUAGUAGCUGGGAGUGGCAUUGGGGGCAUGAAGGAGACACAGGAAAUGCUUGAUUUUGCUGCAAAGCACAACAUAACCGCGGACGUUGAGGUUAUAUCAAUGGACUACGUCAACACUGCGAUGGAGCGCCUUCAGAAAGCUGAUGUUAGAUACCGAUUCGUCAUUGAUGUUGGAAACACAUUGAAAGCUACCUAGUCUGAGCCUUGUGUCUACUGGGCUUGAAAAGUUGUCAUGGGUAAAUAAGCAUGGAUAUUAAGUGGUUCUAGCGUCUUUACCUUAUGUGUCGCUGUUCAUCUUCUGUAUUUGAUGUUGAAUAUUAUUUAAUCUAUGCAUUUCAUGAACUCUA